UGGCCUCGGAGAAAUUGAUUCAAGUUCAGCGUUUUUAAAUCGUGCCUACUUCGUAUACAAGAUAUGGAUGCUGAUAGCUAUGUACAUCUUCGCAAUCACUCUGUUCCUGGAUAUUUAUGUGAACCGGGACAACUUACCGAUCAGCACCGACGAUGGUUGUAUUUUUGCAGGAAUUUUCGUUGUUAUAUAUAAGGCGAUGAAUUUGCAAUUUCGUCAGAAAGGAAUAACCAGACUAUUGGACGAAACGUUAAAAUGUACCGACGAUCUCUGCGAAUUUUCCGAAGUCGAAUAUAUCAAGGAAAUUAUCGAAAAGCAUCAAGUACAAAGUAAAAUGAUAUUCUAUGGGUUUACCGCGUUAGGAUCUAUAUUAGGAACCGCUCUGUUAUUUUUCUCACCGAUGGAGGACGGUUUGUUGAUCAGAGCAAAGUAUCCUUUCAAUACUACGAUAUCACCUUGGCACGAGAUAAGUUUGGUUAUAGAAACGUGCGCUGUUUUCGGCGGUUUAUUGGGAAUAAUUGGAAUAGACAGUUUUGUGCUUAUGAUCUGCACCUUGCUUACUGUAUUAUUCGAUAUGUUGAAUGUAAAUUUUGAAAAUUGUGGAAUCGAAACGAAGGAGCAUACGGUCGAGAGUUAUGACGAACGCAUUCACGCGAAUAUUCGUUUCAAUAGAAAGAAACUGAACAAUAGAUUUCUCUACCGGUAUAAGACGUGCUUUCAAUUUUAUCAGCGGUUAGUGUGUAUGACCAACGAUUACAACAAACUUUUCAACUUGAGUAUGUUCAUUCAGAUGCUUUCGAGUACUUCGAUUAUUUGCCUGAGUGGUUUCCAGGCUGUCGUGGUCGGAGGGCAAAGCUCAGACGUCAUGAAGUUCGGGAUUUAUCUGAGCGCAGCCAUAUCUCAACUCUUGUACAUCUGUUGGAUUGGAAACGAGCUGAACUAUGCGAGCUGGACGCUUGACAGAAGCCAGUGGCUCUCAGGCUGGAAUAACGAACGUUUAACCAAUAUCGUGAAAAUGUUCACGUUGUCCACGAUGUUCACCAGACGGUCGAUAACUUUAAAAGCCAGUGUAUUUUACGUGUUGUCUCUGGAAACUUUUAUCACGGUACGUAGACGUCGACAAAGUUACGAUAAUACACCUUUGUAUUACAAUACCAGUAUUUUCUUCAACAUUCUUAUUGCAGAUCAUAAGGAGAUCUUAUUCAAUUUAUACUUUAUUGAACAACAUGCAAGUAACGGAUCAUUAACUCUGUAAUUCUAUGUUUACCAUAUUGCACAAUCUGUAAGGCGAUUUUUUAACCAAUAAGGUUACGGAUAUAAAGACGAGGUAUGUAUCAUAUUAUGCGAUCUUGCUUGGACAAAAACAAUAUACGAGACUGACCUGAUACGUUGGUGUACCUGUGUGGCUAAAAAGCAAGAAUAGAUAUCCUAUUUUUGGAAAUUUCAUAAUCGUUAAAGUUCUUGGCAACCUGUUCUCUCGUCACGCUUACGGCGAUCCCCUGUAGCUUCAGGCCAGCAACCUUGCAAAUUAUGGUCGGCGGA